CCGCCCACUGCGCCCUCCAGGUUCUGACGUAUUCCGAGAAGCCCCGCCCCUCCCCAUACCUUUAAAUGCGCCGCGUGCACGUCACUUUCACGCGACCUCAUCUUUGUCAGUGCACAAAAUGGCGCCUUACAGCCUGCUGGUGACUCGGCUGCAGAAGGCCCUGGGUGUGCGGCAGUACCAUGUGGCCUCUGCCUUGUGCCAACGGGCCAAGGUGGCCAUGAGCCACUUUGAGCCCAACGAGUACAUCCGCUAUGACCUGCUGGAGAAGAACAUUAACACUGUCCGCAAACGGUUGAACCGGCCUCUGACUCUCUCAGAGAAGAUUGUAUAUGGACACCUGGAUGACCCAGCCAACCAGGAGAUCGAGCGGGGAAAGACAUACUUGCGUCUACGGCCCGACCGGGUGGCUAUGCAGGAUGCAACAGCCCAGAUGGCUAUGCUGCAGUUCAUUAGCAGUGGGCUGCCCAAAGUGGCCGUGCCAUCAACCAUCCACUGUGACCAUCUGAUUGAGGCCCAGCUCGGGGGUGAUAAAGACCUGCGCCGGGCCAAGGACAUAAACCAGGAAGUGUACAAUUUCCUGGCAACUGCAGGUGCCAAGUAUGGCGUGGGCUUCUGGAGGCCUGGGUCUGGAAUCAUUCACCAGAUCAUUCUAGAAAACUAUGCAUACCCAGGAGUUCUUUUGAUUGGCACCGACUCCCACACCCCCAACGGUGGUGGCCUGGGAGGCAUCUGCAUUGGAGUAGGGGGUGCUGAUGCUGUGGAUGUCAUGGCUGGGAUCCCCUGGGAGCUGAAGUGUCCCAAGGUGAUUGGCGUGAAGCUGACAGGCACCCUCUCUGGCUGGACCUCACCCAAAGAUGUGAUCCUCAAAGUGGCAGGUAUCCUCACAGUGAAAGGUGGCACUGGCGCUAUCGUGGAAUACCAUGGACCUGGUGUCGACUCCAUCUCCUGCACUGGCAUGGCAACAAUCUGCAACAUGGGUGCAGAAAUUGGGGCCACUACAUCCGUGUUCCCCUACAACCACAGGAUGAAGAAGUACCUGAGUAAGACGGGCCGAGCAGACAUCGCCAACCUAGCUGAAGAAUUCAAGGAUCACUUAGUACCUGACCCUGGCUGCCAGUAUGACCAAGUGAUUGAAAUUAACCUCAAUGAGCUAAAGCCACACAUCAAUGGACCCUUUACCCCAGACUUGGCUCAUCCAGUGGAAGAAGUGGGCACUGUGGCAGAGAAGCAAGGCUGGCCUCUGGAUAUCAGAGUGGGUUUGAUUGGCAGCUGCACCAAUUCAAGCUAUGAGGACAUGGGACGGUCAGCAGCUGUGGCCAAGCAGGCCCUGGCCCAUGGACUCAAGUGCAAGUCCCAGUUCACCAUCACGCCAGGCUCUGAGCAGAUCCGUGCCACUAUUGAGCGGGACGGCUAUGCACAGAUCCUGAGGGAUGUGGGUGGAAUCGUCUUGGCCAAUGCUUGUGGCCCUUGCAUCGGCCAAUGGGACAGGAAAGACAUCAAGAAGGGGGAGAAGAACACCAUCGUCACCUCCUACAACAGGAACUUCACCGGCCGCAACGACGCAAACCCCGAAACCCAUGCCUUUGUCACAUCCCCAGAGAUUGUCACAGCCCUGGCCAUUGCAGGAACCCUUAAGUUCAACCCAGAAACUGACUUCUUGACAGGCAAGGAUGGCAAGAAGUUCAAGCUGGAGGCUCCAGAUGCAGAUGAGCUUCCCCGAUCGGACUUUGACCCAGGGCAGGACACCUACCAACACCCCCCCAAGGACAGCAGUGGGCAGCGGGUGGAUGUGAGCCCUACCAGCCAGCGCCUGCAGCUCCUGGAGCCUUUUGACAAGUGGGAUGGCAAAGACCUAGAAGACCUGCAGAUCCUCAUCAAGGUCAAAGGGAAGUGCACCACAGACCACAUUUCUGCUGCUGGCCCCUGGCUCAAGUUCCGUGGGCACCUAGACAACAUCUCCAAUAACUUGCUCAUUGGUGCCAUCAACAUUGAAAACGGCAAGGCCAACUCUGUGCGCAAUGCUGUCACCCAGGAGUUUGGCCCUGUCCCUGACACCGCUCGCUACUACAAGAAACAUGGCAUCAGGUGGGUGGUGGUUGGAGACGAGAACUACGGGGAAGGCUCAAGCCGGGAGCAUGCAGCCCUGGAGCCCCGCCACCUCGGGGGACGCGCCAUCAUCACCAAGAGCUUCGCCAGGAUCCACGAAACCAAUCUAAAGAAGCAGGGCUUGCUGCCCCUCACCUUUGCUGACCCCUCUGACUACAACAAGAUCCAUCCAGUGGACAAGCUGACCAUCGAAGGCCUGAAGGACUUUGCCCCUGGAAAGCCUCUCAAGUGCAUCAUCAAGCACCCCAAUGGGACCCAGGAGACCAUCCUCCUGAACCACACCUUCAAUGAGACUCAGAUUGAGUGGUUCCGUGCAGGCAGCGCCCUAAACAGGAUGAAGGAGCUGCAGCAGUGAGGAAGGCCC